CUGCUGCUCUCAAGUCUCAUUCACCUCUGAACCAACAUGAAGGCCUACCUGCUGUUACUGCUCCUGCUCCCGGUCUGCCUGGCUGACUUCACGAUCCAGUGCUAUGGAGAAGACCACCUGAUGGUCCGGAACCAGGUCCUGAGCUGCAGCAGCAGAACCCAGCAGGCCUGCUACACCCGGGUGACCGGAGAGAAGGGCUGUGCUCGUCUGGACCUGUGUGAGCGUCAGGGCUGGAAGUGCUGCUUCACCAGCCUCUGCAACGCCUGAACGGAUCGCAGGGCUGCUCCUCUGGUCGGCUCCUCUGGUCGGCUCCUCUGGUCGGCUCCUCUGGUCGGCUCUUCUGGUCCUUCUCCUCAAUUCACCUGGACCUGACGUCUGUUCUGUCUGCCUUCAUCUUAUCGGACAAGAAGCUCAGCUAACUAGAGCUCAGCUGACUAGAGCUGAGCUUACUAGCGCUCAGCUAACCAGCACCCAGCUAAUCAGUGCUUAGCUUACUAGAUUCAAGCAAACCUUUAUUCUGAUGUAUUUGAGUGAAAUAAACUGAUGAAAGUG